GCACACCGUCUUGUCUUUUUCUCCAUUCAUUAUACGAGCGCUUUUGCUGCCUAUAAAUUCAAUGUGUCCGACACGAAUAUCUCUCAACUGCUCCAAUGUUGUUCAGUUUCUUCAUCUUCUCUAUUCUUGCCUUUGUCUGUGGUGCUCCCACCUCGUCAGCUGUGGAUGCUGCUGAUCCUCUGGCCGGCCUCAUAGCCAGUAUCAGUGUGACAAUGACUUUGGACUCUCUUGUUACUAACCUCGCCAACCUCUGGUUCACUGCCGCCAACCCCCUCAUCGUCGAGAUCACCCUCGACCGUGUCGUUGUCUCCGCCGGUAUCAACUCCGUCGAAUAUAUCUCCUUCGACCACACCUUUGAGGACCCUAUCGUUGUUCCAAUCCUCGGAACAGCGAGUUCCGGUGUCAUUGAGAAUGUGUCGCUCACUCAGGAUGGGUUGGCCACCCUGAACAUUGUUGAGCUGGGAUAUCUUGACCUGAUCAAUCUGGACCUGUAUCUGAGGGAGGCGACAAUCGGCGGAGGGUUAGGUUUCCCGGUGAACGAUACGGGACUCACGGAAGACGACGUUCCCACUACCUGGGAUACUCCUUUUAACUAACACGGUUCUUCAUAAUCUGUUGUCUUCAUACGCUUUUGUUUCAUGCAUGAAAGUCUCUUACGUAUUCCGUAAACAAUGGUUUAUAUGUCUUCUGAAGUCUAUUUUUUUCACCCUGUGUGCGCCACUGGUCAUCAGCCAUGACUUCCUCUCUUCACCAUACCUGCCCCCCUGGAGCUGCGAAAUGAUUUAUCGUCUCUGCGGUUCCGUCAAUCUCUCCGUCCCUAGGCAAACGAUCCAAAUUUCAUGCCCCUUUUCCAGAAACGCCACAUGGCUUCACGCAUGUUUUCUCGCGAUAUGAUAUCAUGAUACACUGGCCAAAUUCUUAUCUGCCGCUGUAUGGGAACAUGGACGCCUCAACAUCUGUGGUAGAAUUCAUGUAGCGUAUCAUGACGUGGAGAUAC